CAUCGAUGGAACGGAUGGAGGGGUCCUGGCAGCCUGGCGCGCGCAUCUUUUUUUUUUCUCCCGUCCUCGUCUCGCGUGUGAAUAGCGGCACUCUCUCUCCUGGCAGAAACCUUGGGUUCCAUUCUUCCCUACCCAAGCUUCUUUUCCACUCUAAACUCACUCUUCUGUAUAUUUCCUUCCCUCCCCGAUAUACACGAUCCAUCUUUUUCGUUUUUCUUACUUCUUCUCUGCAUCCUCCCAAAUACCAGACGUCAGAGACAUCUCCAAAUCUGCAGCAUUCCUCCUACCCCGCAGUACACCCCCCGUCUACCGACCGAAUUCGAGUCAAAGAACCCCUCCAAACACCGCAAAAAUGGUCGAGAAGCUCUACGUCACGUACAACGAUGUCCACAACCUCUGCCAGGAGUCCGCCGUCAAGAUCCUCGAGACCUUCCAGCCCCAGCUCAUCAUCGCAAUUGGCGGUGGCGGCUACGUUCCCGCCCGUAUCCUCCGUUCCUUCCUGAAGAAGCCCGGCAACCCCAACAUCCCCAUCCAGGCCAUCGGCCUCUCCCUGUACGAGAGCCUUCCCGAGACCUUUGGCGGCAACUCUACCCCGGGCGUCCCCGAGGUCCCUGGCACAAAGGUCACCCGCACGCAAUGGCUCGACCUGACCGCUAUCGGCGAGAUGGAGAACCUUGUCGGCAAGCGCAUUCUGAUUGUCGAUGAGGUUGACGAUACCCGCACCACCCUCGAGUACGCCGUCAAGGAGCUGGAGAAGGACGUUGAGGCCGCCAGCCAGCGCCUCGGCAAGGGCCAGAAGACCGAGUUUGGCAUCUUUGUCCUGCACAACAAGGACAAGGCGAAGAAGGGCAGCCUCCCCUCCGAGAUGAUGACCUCGGGCCACUACCUCGCCGCCCGCACCGUCGGCGACGUCUGGAUCAACUACCCCUGGGAGGCCAUCGACAUUGCGGAGCACGACCGCCACGCGACCGAGGCCCUCGCUGCGCGCCAGUAACUUCGGAGGAGAGACUUGAGCAUACGAGUAACACGAGAACGUGGCGACAAUGGGGGGCGAGGAGAAUAGACGGACGGGGUUGUUUGGCGAAAGAAAGCCAGCCAAGGGCGUAUAAAAAGAUACCAAGAAGGGCCAUGCCGUCGAGCUGCCCACAAAGCAUACACAUCACCAAUGAUAUUUCAAAGUUAUUCAAUCCUGGGCCUCGAGAGACUUGACGCGUGCUAAGGGCG